AUGCUCUUCCGUGAAGACGUGGCGGAGUGGGACAGCCCGCAGACCGACGAGCAAACGCCGGCGGCUCCGCUCUUCCACGUGGACCCUGUCAUUGACCCAAACAAACUCCGGUCUCCGUGGCAGGCUGGGGCGGGGCGGGGCGGGGGGGGCGCGUGCAGCUGCCGUUGCGCAGUGCAGACCGAGAGGGAGGCGCGCGCGCGCCCGCGCGAGCGAACGAGCGAGCCGGGCGGAAUGUGGCAGGAGUUCUCCAGAUAUGAACCUCGAACCUGCCGGAAGUAG